UCUCUCUGGUCCCCAGGCCCAGACCGUGGUUUUUUACUCUUCUCCUACCCCAACCCUACCUUUCUCCCCACAUUUACUGGUCUGAAGGAGCAUGUAAAUGAAAGACUUCUUUCUUUCUCUUUUGAGAUAGGGUCUUGCUUGAACUCACUAUGAAGUUGCCUGUAGCUGGGCUGACGCAGAACUUGAAGUGAUCUUCCUGCCUCAUUUUUCCGAGUGCUGGGAUUAUAGGCGUGCAGCAUCAUGCCUGGCUGAAAUACUUUAAAACUAACUCCACUCCUUUUCAGUUUUUCCUCCCGUUCAACAAGGUCUCUAGGAACAAUGGAGAAAUAUACUUAACUUUAAGCCAGCUAGAGGUGUAAAGGUUUCACUCUGUGUUACUGGACUCCCUAUUGGAUGCUGCCCUCUGAUGUUUGUGGAGUGGACUGCUUUUGGGAAGCCGCGCUUAGGUAUAGCGUGAAAAGACAGCCUGUUGAGGAGAUGCACCUAGCUGUGGUUGCCUGUGGGGAAAGACUGGAAGAAACCAUGACCAUGUUGAAGUCUGCUCUUAUUUUCAGCAUCAAACCUCUCCGGUUCCAUGUUUUUGCUGAAGAUCAGCUGCAUGAUAGCUUUAAAGUGAGACUUGACAGCUGGUCAUUUCUACAAACAUUUAAUUAUACAUUAUAUCCCAUUACAUUUCCAAGUGAGAAUGCAGCGGAGUGGAAAAAGCUCUUUAAGCCAUGUGCCUCCCAGAGAUUAUUCUUGCCAUUAAUCCUGAAAGAAGUUGAUUCACUGUUGUAUGUCGACACGGAUAUACUGUUUUUACGACCUGUUGAUGAUAUUUGGUCGUUACUGAAGAAAUUUAACUCCACGCAAAUCGCUGCCAUGGCGCCGGAGCAUGAGGAGCCUCGGAUAGGGUGGUACAAUCGCUUUGCUAGACAUCCGUAUUACGGAAAAACUGGAGUGAACUCUGGAGUUAUGCUGAUGAACAUGACACGAAUGCGAAGGAAGUAUUUCAAGAAUGACAUGACAACAGUGCGGCUGCAGUGGGGAGACAUCCUCAUGCCAUUGCUUAAGAAAUACAAGCUGAACAUCACGUGGGGUGAUCAAGAUCUGUUGAAUAUCAUGUUUUUUCAUAAUCCAGAAAGCCUUUUUGUUUUUCCGUGUCAAUGGAACUACCGACCCGAUCAUUGCAUAUAUGGAAGCAACUGCCAGGAAGCAGAAGAAGAAGGAAUCUUUAUUCUUCAUGGCAACAGAGGUGUUUACCAUGAUGACAAGCAGCCAGCUUUUAGGGCUGUUUAUGAAGCCCUGAGAAAUUGUUCUUUUGAAGAUGACAAUGUGUAUUCCUUGUUAAAGCCUUUAGAACUGGAACUACAAAAGACAGUGCAUACAUACUGUGGAAAAAUUUACAAAAUAUUUAUCAAGCAACUAACCAGAAGCGUGAGAGACCGAUACGACAGACCACCAAAGGAGAGGUGAUUUUUGUGCCUGCUGAAGGAAAUGGAGAGAAGCAGCAAUGUAUCAGCAUAUGUAUAAAGGAGUGAUCUUCAUGAAGAUCCAGUAUUUGGGAAGGGAAUAUUUAUCUCCAGAAGAAUUUUUUCCUGAAGAAAUUGUAAAAGCAGUAUAUUCAUGUGAUGAAGAAUGAGUUAGAAUCCUGACUUUCAACAAGAAGACCCUUGAUCUCUGGUGCUUUGAGCACAUCACUUACUAUUCCUCAUCGCUGGAAGUGUUACUGAAUGCUUCCAGCGAUGAGCUGUCUUGACUUUUACUUGAGUAGGAUGGGAGGGGUGUGCGGAGGUGCAAGCUGUGAGUAUAGCAGUAACUUAUGUCAGCACUAACCACACUUUAUACAUGUGAGAAGAAGUUGUUUACAGGAGCAGAAAAGGCUCUGUUUCUCAAGAAAUGUGAUGUGACCAGUGUAGCCCUUGACAAUCUGUGUGUACUGUUAUGCAUUUCAUCUCUGUUCUACAAUAUUUUUGUGACAAUCAUGUUCAGAAUUAUCUUUAGAGUUAAGCUGCACGUUAAAAACUGAGCAGUAGGAGAAAGAGUAAAAGUAGUGAAAAUGUUGAGUUGUUUUUGGUGUGUGAUGUGUGUGUGUGUGACUGUGUGUAUGCGCGCACAUGCGCACAGGGGAGUGAAAGACAAGGAGAAAAUUUUCGUUUUGUGUGUAUUGCAUUGUUUUGCCAAAUCUCAGUGAAAUAUAUUUAGAAUUUUUCUUUAUCACUUUAUGUGAAAGUUUUCAGCUUUCCUGGACAUUCUGGAAGCAAGAUACAUUAUGGUGAUAGCACAGGGAGAAGCUUGCCGGUAAUGCUGCUGCGCUGGUGGGGCAUG